AUGGGUAACAUCGAAAAUCGACCGAAAGGCGGCGCACCUCGCCUCGAUGCAGCAUUAAUGAAAUCGGAAUCACUUUGUCGUAGCAAAUCCUGCAGCGUUUGCUUUAUCCUGAGUUUAAUUUGCAUCCAUCUGGCAACCUUAAUCAUUGUAUUAGACCAAACUAUCGUCGAGGCGGAAAGCUACGGUCAACAUGAUUCGAAUAGACCAGAGGCAUAUACAAUAAUGUUUGAUCCUGAUGAAAGUUUGAGAUUGCCAAAAGAAGUCGUACCUAUUCAUUAUGACCUCUAUUUGCAUCCAAAACUUAAAGAAAGUACAUUUUCCGGAAAGGUGACCAUUCUUAUUGAUGUCAAACGGAAUUACAACAGGAGAUUCAUAGCUCUCCAUCAAAAGAAUCUCAAUGUAAAAUCUGCAAAGUUAACGUACGAUUUAGAUGAAAAUUAUGAUAUUAACAUCUCUUACAUCAAUAAGCCUUCCAAAUAUGAAAUUUUUACGAUAUUAACUGACAACGAAAUUAAAUCCGGAUUAUAUCACUUGAGCUUAGAAUUUGAUGGAAGUCUAAAGGUCAAAAUGGAUGGAUUUUAUUCCAGUACAUAUCAGUAUACGAGUGAUAAUAUUAAUAAAACCAGGUACAUUGGGACUACUCAGUUCGAGCCAACAUAUGCUAGACAAGCUUUCCCAUGUUUCGAUGAACCCCAUUUGAAGGCAGAAUUUUCGAUAAAACUGGUUUAUCCCAUGGAUGAUGGUUAUCAUGCUUUGUCUAAUAUGAAUGUAAAGAGUACGGAAAUACAUACACCAGAACGUAAUUUAGCAACAGUGACCUUUGCAAAAACCGUGUAUAUGUCCACGUAUCUAGUUGCUUUUGUUAUUAGUGACUUUGUUGGCACAAGUAAAAUGGCAAAGGGCUUAAAUGGGCGAGAAUUUCCGGUUAGUGUUUAUACCACAAGACUUCAAUCAAAGGAGAAAAGAGAUUUUGCAGUGAAUAUUGGCGUAAAAGCUAUCGAAUAUUUCAUAAACUUUUUCAAAAUAGAUUAUCAAUUACCAAAACUCGAUAUGGUUGGGAUUCCCGAUUUUAAAGCCGGCGCUAUGGAAAAUUGGGGCAUAGUGACUUAUAGAGAAACAAGGUUGAUUUAUGAUGAUCGUAGUAACUCCAUUUAUGAUAAGCGCGCAUUAAUUAACAUAAUCUGUCACGAACUGGCACAUAUAUGGUUUGGAAAUCUCGUUACUAUGAACUGGUGGAAUGAUUUAUGGCUCAACGAAGGUUUCGCUACAUUUAUGGCUUUUAAAUGUUCAGACGCGGUUGUACCAAAUCAGGAAUAUAUGGAGCAAUUUCCUAUAUGGAUAAUGCAGAAUGUGUUCGUUUCCGACUCAAAAUUAAGCUCUCAUCCUAUCGUUUAUAAUGUGCAAAAUGCAGAUGAUAUUGCAGCAAUCUUUGAUGACAUAUCUUAUCAAAAAGGAUCAUCUAUAAUCCGCAUGAUGGAAAAUUUGUUUGGAUCUGAUGUCUUCUUCGGUGCAAUUAGUAACUAUUUGAAUAAGUAUGCCUAUAAGAAUGCAGAGACGGCGGAUCUCUUUGAGAUUUUGCAAGAUGCGGUUAAAAACAAAUUAAAUGUAACAGCUGUAAUGGACACUUGGACGCGACAAGAAGGCUUUCCCGUUAUUAACGUCAAAAAGUCUAAAAACAAAUUUAUAUUAACUCAGAAACGAUUUUUGGACGAUCAAGAUGCCAAAUUCAAUCCUUCAGAAUCCAAUUACAGAUAUCGAUGGACCAUACCUAUUACUUAUAUCACUAACAGAAACGAGAAACCCACUCUUGUAUGGUUCGACAGGAAUGCGAAUAAAUUGGUGAUUAAGGUCGACAAACAUACCAAAUGGAUCAAAUUAAACGCAGGCCAAGUUGGCUUUUAUCAAGUUAAUUACAAAAAGGAAUGGAAAACUUUCAAGGAAUUGCUUUGUUCUUGCCACACGAAAAUAUCCUCAUUGGAUCGAGCAAAUCUUUUGAACGACAUGUUUAGUUUAGCUGAUGCCGGUGAGAUCGAAUACAACACUGUAAUGGAUAUAAGUGUAUAUCUCAUCAAGGAAAGUCACGCUUUUCCAUGGGAGGUUGCGAAAUCGAAAUUGAUGACGAUGUAUGCUCUAUUGACUUCUUCAUCUAAACCAUAUAUUGCGGACAAGUUUCAGUCUUUUGUAUUGAUGUUGGUAGACACCGUCUACAAGAAUAAUGUAGCUUGGAUCGAUAAGACAAUUGAAGAUGUUCCGUUAACAUAUGUGAACAGAAUACUGCGAUCUACGGUAAUCGAAUUGGCCUGUGCAAUGGAUUCACCUGAAUGCCUAAAAAGAGUCGGAGAGCUUUUUAAGGAAUGGCUGAUAGAAGAGAAGCCGCAGCAUCCUGAUAUUCGCGAAUUGGUUUAUUACUAUGGUAUGCGUUAUCAUUCAGAUGAGAACGAGUGGAACAUCAUGUUUGAAAAAUUUAAAGACGAGACCGACCCCAGCGAGAAAAAUAAAAUAAUGAUGGGGUUAUCAGGCAUAAAAUCCACUAAAGUUCUAAAGGAGUAUAUUACCAGAGCAACUAAUGAGACAUAUGUCCGCACUCAAGAUUUCUUGAGAUGCUUAACUAUGAUUUCCAUGAAUCCCGAUGGUACAUUAUUAGUAUGGAACUGGGUACGCAAGAACUGGGAAUUUUUAGUGAAUAGAUACACUCUGAAUAAUUCAUAUCUUGGUCGACUUAUACCAUCCAUUACACGUUCCUUCGCUACACAAAGUAGACUAGAUGAGAUAAAAGCCUUCUUCAAGAAAUAUCCUAUAGCUGGUGCCGGUGUUGCUAAUCGAGCAAAAACUCGCGAGAUAAUCUCAAAAAAUAUCAAAUGGCUCCAUGUGUUUUUGAUUAUCUUCUCUACAUCUUGCGUAAGGAGUAUUGAAUUAAAUUACUCGGUUUUCCUUUGUUGUAUCCCAAUAAUGAGUAACAACAAAGUCGAAAGCCGACCGAAAGGCGGCGCGCUUCGUCUCGAUGCAACAUCAGCAACGAUAUCGAAGCCACUUUGUAGUAACAACACCAUUUCCGCUCUUCUCUGUUUUACCUGCGGUGCUUGCUUUAUCUUGAGUUUAAUUUGCACCUGUCUGGCAAUAUUAGUCGUUUUGCUAAACCAGACUGUCGAGGCAACGAGCUACAGUCGACACGAUUCGAAUAGACCAGAGGCAUAUACAAUAAUGUUUGAUCCUGAUGAAAGCUUGAGAUUGCCAAAAGAAGUCGUACCUAUUCAUUAUGACCUCUAUUUGCAUCCAAAACUUAAAGAAAGUACAUUUUCCGGAAAGGUGACCAUUCUUAUUGAUGUCAAGCAGGACAACAAUAGGACAUCCAUAGCUCUUCAUCAAAAAGAUCUCAACAUUACAUCUGUAAAAUUAAUAACAUAUGGACUAGAUGAAGACUAUGAAAUUAAUAUUUCUUCCAUCAGCAAGCCUAUUAAAUAUGAAAUUUUUAUGAUAACAACUGAAAACGAUAUUAAAUCUGGAUUAUAUAACUUGAGCCUGGAAUUUGAUGGAAGUCUCAAAGAUAAAAUAGUUGGAUUUUAUAACAGCAAAUAUCAGUAUAAGACUGAAAAAAUUAAUGAAACCAGGUACAUUGCAACUACCAAAUUCGAGCCAACUUAUGCUAGACAAGCUUUCCCGUGUUUCGAUGAACCCAAUUUUAAGGCAGAAUUUUCGAUAAAACUGGUUCAUCCUAUGAAUGAUUGCUAUAGUGCCUUAUCCAAUAUGGAUGUAAAGAGUACGCAACUACAUACACCGGAACGUGAUCUAGCAACAGUGACUUUCACAAAAACUGUGCCCAUGUCCACGUACCUAGCUUGUUUUAUUAUCAGUGACUUUGUUGGUACAAGUAGAAUGGCGAAUGGCUUAAAUGAUCGAAAAUUUCCGAUCACUGUCUAUACUACAAGACUACAAUCGAAAGAGAAAAGAGAUUUUGCUUUGGAUAUUGGCGUGAAAGCUAUCGAAUAUUAUAUAAACUUAUUCAACAUAGAUUAUCCAUUACCAAAACUCGAUAUGGCUGGCAUUCCCGAUUUUAUAUCCGGCGCCAUGGAAAAUUGGGGUUUAGUGACUUACAGAGAAACAAGAAUGCUUUAUGAUGACAAUAGUAACUCCAUUUAUGAUAAGCGUGACGUCAUUAACGUAAUCUGUCACGAAUUGGCACACAUGUGGUUUGGAAAUCUAGUCACCAUGAAGUGGUGGAAUGAUUUAUGGCUCAACGAAGGUUUUGCUACAUUCAUGGCAUCUAAAUGUUCAGAUGCAAUUCUACCACAUCAAGGAUAUAUGGAGGAAUUUCCUAUUGAAGUAAUGCAGAAAGUUUUUGUUCCUGACUCAAAGUUGAGCUCUCAUCCUAUAAUUUAUAAUGUCCAAAAUGCAGACGAUAUUACAUCAUUUUUUGAUGGAAUAUCUUAUAAAAAGGGAGCAUCUAUAAUCCGCAUGAUGGAGAACUUCUUUGGAUCUAAUGUCUUCUUCAGUGCAAUUAGUACCUAUUUAAAUAAGUACGCUUAUGAGAAUGCAGAGACGGCGGAUCUCUUCGAAGUUUUGCAAGAUGCAGUUGGAAACAAAUUAAAUGUAACAGCUAUAAUGGAUACUUGGACACGACAAGAAGGCUUUCCUGUUGUUAAUGUGAAAAAGUCUGGAAACAAUUAUACAUUAACUCAAAAACGAUUUUUGGACGAUCAAGAUGCCAAAUCCGAUCCUUCAAAAUCAAGUUAUGGAUAUCGAUGGACCAUACCUAUUGUUUAUAUCACUAACAGAAACGAAGUAUCUACUCUUGUAUGGUUUGACAAGGAUGCAAAUGAAGUGGUGAUCGAAGUCGACGAACGUACGAAAUGGUUUAAAUUAAAUGCUGGUCAAGUUGGCUUCUAUCGAGUUAAUUAUAACGAGGAAUGGGAAACAUUCAAUGAAUUACUUCGGUCUCACCAUACGAAAAUAUCAAUGUUGGAUCGAGCGAAUCUUUUGGAUGAUUUGUUUAGUUUAGCUGAGGCUGGUGAGAUCGAAUACGACACUGUGUUGAAUAUAAGUAUGUAUCUCACCGAGGAGUAUCAUUGUCUUCCAUGGGCGGUUGCAAAGUCGAAACUGAUGACGAUAUAUACUCUGUUAACUUCCUCGACUGAACCAUUUAUUGCAAACACGUUUCAAUCUUUCGUCUCGAUAUUGGUAGACACAAUCUAUAAGGAUGUAACUUGGACCGUCGAUGAUGCAAUUGAAGAAGAUAUACCGCACAUUGAUAAUAAAGUGCGACCGAUGGUAAUCGAAUUGGCCUGUGCAAUGAAUUCACCUGAAUGCUUAAAAAAAGCCGGAGAGCUUUUUAAAGAAUGGCUGAUAGAAGAGAAGCCGCAGCAUCCUGAUAUUCGCGAAUUAGUUUAUUACUAUGGUAUGCGCUACCAUUCGGAUGCGAGCGAAUGGAGUGUCAUGUUCGAAAGAUUUAAAGACGAGACUGAUCCUGGUGAAAAGAAUAAAAUAAUGGCAGGAUUAGCAGGGAUACAAUCUAUUGAUGUUUUAAAGGAAUAUAUUAUCAGAGCAACUGAUGAAAGAUUUGUCCGCGCUCAAGAUUUCUUGAAAUGCUUGAUUAUAAUUUCCAAAAAUCCCGAUGGUACAUCAUUGGUGUGGGAUUGGGUACGCGAAAACUGGGAAUUCUUGGUGAACAGAUAUACGUUGAAUGAUCGAUAUCUCGGUGAUCUUAUACCAUCCAUUACAAGUUCAUUUGCCACACAAACGAAGCUGGACGAGAUAAAAACUUUCUUUGAGAAAUAUCCUGAAGCCGGUGCUGGUGCGGACGGUCGAGCCAAAACUCUCGAAACAGUCUCGAAGAAUAUCAAAUGGCUUGCUAAAAAUACUAAAAAAUUCGAUAAAUGGUUCUCAGAAAACUGGCCGUUUAAUAAGACCUGUUAAACAUACAAAAGUAUACAAGAUAAAUGAAAAAGAAGAAAGACUUAGUACAUACCGAUUUUUAACAGUUAUGCAUAAAGGCAAUCUAUGCAUUAACUGCUAAAAACUGAUAUCCUGAAAAUAAUUAAUUUGGUUUUUGUAUGUUAAUUACUGUAAAGAAAAAGAAACUGUUACUAAUAAGAACAUUAAAAAUUUUUUUCGCAAAAAAAUUGUAUUCAAUACGCUGAAAUUAUAUUGCGUAUCAAAUUUGUUCUGUGACGUAAUCAAUAAUUGUGGCAGCAGUUAUUAAAUACGCUAAAUACGAAGGUGCAUAAAUACCAAUACGCAUUUGUACGAAGCAUAUGCCUUUUAUGCAACACAUUUAUAAAUCUUGAUAUUGAAAUAUAUAUAACUUUAUAGAAAUAAUUUUGCGAUUAAA